AUGGAAUGUGUGCGAAGGAAUUCAAAUUACAUAUAUCACACAUAUCCUCAAGUUUUCUUCAAUUCACUCGAUCACUGCUUUUAUCAAUUUGUUGAAGUCGAGAAGUCCACUUUUAAUACAUCCCGCUUCGAAGCGUUGGAACAAUGCAACUCAUCGCACGUCCACUGCUAUUUGAAUGAAGUUAGUGACAAACUUGUGUCUCUUCGGUUUUCUCUCUUUCAAUCUUCGAUAUCGGUGAAUCACUUUGUUGAAGAGAAGAAUGCAGUGACUCCCAAUCAGCUUUGUAAGAUAUUUCUACACUUGGUAGAGACUGUUGCAUUGCUCCACAGUUCCGACUCGUUUCAUGGGGACUUGAGUGUGAAUUCCGUCUUCUUAGACCCAACACUCUGUGAUAUUGCAUUAGGUUCUUUCCCUUCUUUUUGUGGGAAGUUUGACAUUCAAUCGUCGCAGAGAAGUGACUUAGAGAAUUUGCCUAUUAUAGCUCUCCGUCUAGUUAAUGGAAUUAAAAGCGAUAGCGACGCCAUGGAUCUUAUUAACAAAUUGAAACAAAACAACAAAGAGAGUAUACAGUGGUUAACACAGAAGACAAACUCUUUGUUUGUGAGUUUCUUAAUGGCAUAUCUUGCACAACCUCUUCUAACUCCAGAAUCGGUAUCGAAGUGGGUCGGGUUAUUCGACAUCUUCGUCUCAAAGUGGAAAACCGUUGAAAUACUUCUCGCGAAGUACAUUGAAUUUUUCUAUUUGACAAACACUUCGACACUCCACUCUGUCGACUUUGUUCACUACAUACGCCCGUUUCUCGUCGAAGGUCUCUCGUUCAAAACAGACUCUCCGGUUCCUCAUAAAGCACUUUCGGAAGACUUUUUUGUUGAUCGAAACUGUGAAAUCUACGAUGUCCACAAGAGUGUGUUAACAGACAAUUCCUUCAUCAUUACAAACAGUGCGUUCCCAUUGAAAACGAUGUUUUACAAACUUGAGAGUCAAGAGGAGAACGACGUGUUUAGCCAGUUUCUUCAAUCACAUUUGGGGCAUGGAGUUAAGAAUGGCGAAGUUGUAUUACCAAAGAGUUUGACUAAAGACACGGACGAGUAUAUCAUCACUAAACCGACUUUAGAAAUCAUGUUACACGGAGAGAGUACGUUCAAGCUGUUAAGUAUUGCCAAUAGACUGCGGUCGAAAGGGUUUAUUGUCAAAUGCCAGCGAAGGAAAAGCGAGAAAGAGAGCCAAAAUUCAUGGCUCAAUGUGUAUAUAGAAAACGACUCGAAUGGGUUGUGCAAAAUGGUGGUGGACAACAUCAAUGGGAAAAAGGGGUAUUUCUUGGAUGAGUUUAUUAAAGUGAUAACUGCCAAUGAAGAGAAGCAGUUACACUCGAUGUCGACACGAAUGUGGGCAUCUGUUGUAGCAAGACCUUCCUUAAAAAUCAAACAUGUGUAUCAACACAGUCAAGUCACAUUACCAAAGUUCCACACCGACAUGAGAUGUGACUUUGUGCAACGUGUGAAGUCCUGCCAAAUUUUUAAUUAA